CCAUUUAUUUCAGAAUCUAGAGGAAGUUGACAGAGUGUGACAGCAGCACAGCACAGUAUGUGGUGGAGACUUUUCAGCUUGCUGGCUUGCUUCCCCUUACAAGAAGCCUUCCUGACCAACCACACGGAAACAGUGACGGUGGAGGAAGGCCAGGCACUCACUCUCAAGUGUGUCGCUUCUCAGGGCAAGCCCACAUCCCUGCAGUGGCUGGCCCCGUCAGGCUUCACCAUUUUUUUCAACAAGCAUCCUGCCUUAAAAAAUCCCAAAUACCAGCUGCUGCAUCACUCCGCCCAUCAGCUCUCCAUCCGCGUGCUUAACGUCAGCCAGCAAGAUGAAGGCGUGUACAAGUGUUUACAUUACAGCAGCAACGUGAGAACAGAGGAAGUAAAAGUGAUCGUGCUAGCAACUCCUUCCACGCCAAUCCUGGAAGCUUCAGUUACCAGAAUGCAAAAUGGAAAAGAACACGUUACACUUAAAUGCUCCACCAUGAGAAGUAAGCCCCCUCCACAGAUAACUUGGAUACUAGGCAACGACAUAGAGCUCUCUGGUGAAACCCGCAAUGAGUUUGAAACUGAUGGGAAGACAUGUAACAGCAGCAGCACCCUCAGAGUCCACACGUACAGCAAAAACUCAGCCGCGGACUGCAUCAUCCGACACGCAGGUCUACAAGGAAGAAAACUGGUAGUGCCGUUCCGAUUUGAAGAUUUGGUUACUGAUCGAGAGACAGCCUCAGAUGCCCCAGAGAGAAGGUCUCCAUCUUCUGCAAUCCCUCAGCAGCCCACGAGCACUGUUGUAGUAGUGGAAGAUUCUAAUACCACAGAGGUUGACAAGGAAGAGAAAGACCAAACCACUCAGGAUCCUGACUUGACCACUGAAGCAAAUCUUCAGUAUGUGGGGGUGAUCAGGAGGAAAAAUGGCAUUCUGCUGCUCACCCUUGUGUCCUUCCUCAUCUUCAUACUCUUCAUCAUCGUCCAGCUCUUCAUAAUGAAGCUUCGAAAAGCCCACGUGAUAUGGAAGAGAGAAAAUGAAAUUUCAGAACACACUCUGGAAAGUUACAAAUCGAGGUCAAAUAAUGAAGAAACAUCAUCCCAAGAGAAAAAUGGCCAAACUUUCCACUCUAAGAGAUAUGUGAACUACAUCACACAGUUGUACUCGGAAGCAAAAUCAAAGAAAAAAGAAGACGCACGGAGUUCAAAAUUAAAAGGAGAGCCCACUCAUAUACCAGAGAGCAUUGUGUAAUGUUCCCUGCAAGAAAAAAUACUGAUUUCGAGGCAACCACACCCUCAUGGUGGAGCAGCCUACGGGAAGGAGCAUAAUUACUGUCACAAGAAAAAUACACUUUGAGUGCAAUGCAACAUGGCAGCCUCCCAUUGCAUGUUGCCCUGGAUUCAGGGCCGUGAAAUGAGAACCAGACCAUGGACACAAACUUUCACAGUUUAAAAAAAAAUAGAGAAGAAAAGAGAAAAGAAAAAAAAUAACCUAUUAUGCCUGACACUACUUCAGAGAAUGAGGAGGCUCCUAAACCUUGGAGAUCAGGGUUGCUUUGGCUAGCUAGCAUCUUACUAUGAAGGGAAGAAGAUUUUUAGAUGCUGGACUCCAGCAGAACUAUUUACCAAAAACAAAAUAUUUUUUAAAUCUUUCCUUCUGAUCUCCAAAUAAAAACUUUGGGAUGAAAAAGAUCUAAAGAAGGUCUCUAAUCCUAAGAGCUUACUUUCAAGGACUUUAAGAAGAUGGAACCAGUAAGUACAUACAGUAUCUGGGAGAAGGUGUGCAUAGCAGUGAAUGGGCACUGGCCGAUGAACACAGAUGGGUUCAUGCCCAAGACACAAGCUUUAGUUCAAGGUAGGCCCAAAGAUUUGAUUUUCUAAGGUUUUCUGGCUAAAUCACAAGAGCUGAUCUGGCAAAGUGUUCGCCAGGACACUUCAUUACAAAAAUGCGUACAGAAGAAAACAAAGGGUUUAACUUACUAUAACCUAAUUAAUGCUUUAAAAAUUAUUUAAUAAAAAGCUGAAUAUAGGUUUUUCUAGUGGUUGUAGUCCAAGUUGUACUCCCUCCUUUUAUUUUAAUGUGUGAAAGGUCAUGUCUUCCUGCCCCCCCUCCCCCAUCAGUUUAUUUAGGAUACAGCAGACUCUGACAUUCACUUAUGACAUUUCUCAUUAUUUGGACCUGAAUAAAUUAAUUCUAAAGUAACAUCCCUCCCACCCUAUCACACACUCAUAAGUUUGUAAUUUUUUACAGUGCCAGAUACAGAUGUGAUUUUUUUUCUUGAUAAAAAAGAAAAAUGAGGUAAUCUGUACACCAACAUGGGGCUCAAAUUCAUGACCUCAAGAUCAAGAGGUGCAUGUUCUACUGAACCAUACACGUGCCCUAAAAAUUUUUUUAAUAAUCAUAAAAUUACUGAAAGUUGUAAAAGUAAAACCAAGCAUUUUCCUUUCUGUACCAUUUGAGAGAGUUAGUUGACCUGCUGCCUACCACCCUCCCCCCAAAUACUUGAGUGUGUAUGUCCUACAAGCAAGGACACCUUACCCUGUAACCACAAGGUAACUGAUAAAAUCAGGAAAUUAACACUGAUAGAUUCCUACUAACAGUGUUCAGACUCAAGUCUCUCCAAUUGUCCAGAGGAUCUAGAGGAUCCAGUUGAGAAUCACUUUGUUUCCUUUUAGUCUCAUUCCAGUUUGGAACAAUUCCUCAGUCUUUCCUUCACAUUUGUGAUAUUUUGGGAUAGUUUUGGAGAUUGCGGGCUAUUUUAUAAACUGUCCCUCAGUCAUCCUUUGUCUGAUUGUUUCUUCAUGAUUAGAUUCAGGUUAUAAAACUUUGACAGGACUGUCACAGAAGUGAGGUUUUAUCUCUCUGCAUUUUAUUCACCCCUUUAUUGACCAUGUUUACUUUGAUCACUUGAUUAAGGCGGUGUCUGCCAGACCUCCCCAAUGCAAAGUAACUCUUUUCUCCCUUGUAAACUAAUAUUUUGUGCAGAAAUGCUUUAAAAACAUGUACAUAACCUGUUCCUCAUUCACUUCACUCAAAGUUUCCAGGUAUCCAAGGAGUUACACUCUGUUACUAUCCUAUCUCAUUCAUUGGGUUACAAUGUUACCAUCAAAUUAAUCCCGUGCUAACUGGAUGAUCAGACUGUGAAACAGGCUUUUAUGUGCUUCUUA